ACCCUUGCGAGAGGACUCGCCUUUUUCCCGAUUUUCCCGACAGUCAAGGCUGACGAGCGUGUUACUUUUCCUUUGCUUCGUUCUCGGUUGUGUGCUCUCUCAUCUGUCAAAAGAUGAUGGUGGUGGUAGUAGCGGUGAAUGACGAAAGCAGGUGACAAAAGGAUACAGCGAGACUCUGUGUGUGUGUGUGUGUACAUCCCGAAAGGCGAAGGCUGCUGCGACGCUAAACAAGCGAUGCUCCGAGAGAGAGAAGAUUAGUUCGAGCUGGAUGUUUCAUAAUAUUGGGUCGGUUGCGCUCGGUCACCGGACAGUAGGGCAUCCUUUCGCAUCUUUUCGCAGCAUUAAAGCCCCCCGUGCGUUCUGGGUGUGCUUGUGUACGUGUGUGAGUGUGUACUAAGGUGUGUAAAAUUAUCAAGCAAAAAAAACAUUAAAAAUGUUCAAACAACAAAUCAUUCAAAAGAAUUCAGUAAACCACCGCAAAAUGCCAAUUAAUGUGCUAAGUGUAUGAAAAUAAAGAUACUACGAAAGUGUUUGUGAUUUUUCACGAAGAAAAAACCGGAACAAAGAUUUUCCGAAUUUUCCUUUCCCAUCCUCCAUUGUAUUUUGUGCCAAAGCAAACUUAGUGCGGCUUCUUAAAAUAACGGAAAACAAUCAAAGUAUCCAUUGUGCUGCUUCCAUGACUACGAUUGAAAACAUUGCACGGGAAAUUACGGAGAAUCGGCCCAUGCAUUGGAUCCCGAACGGUGGCCACCUUCGAGCCCGGGAAGCGACGAACUUUCGUGUGUAGGCGUGUCCAGGGUUCCGGUUCUCCGGGUCAAUCUGAAAGGUCGGCAACCGAAAACGUUCCGGGUUUCCGGGGGUAGUUAAGGGUUGCGGGUUCCACGUUUCGAGGAAAAAAUAGAGCCUUUUCCACGGUCAGUGCUGACCGAACACCUAUCCAGUUCGAUGAACCGGAAAGCGCACAAAUUGAACCAAUGAGACCCAAUGUUUGGACGGUUUGACGAAUGAAACCAUCACUAGCAGACGGACGGUUGGCCUGAUUUGUGCUAGUCGUACGCUGGUCAGCUACGGAAUUUAGUUUAUCAUUCCGGAAGUGUCCGUUUGUUUGGGUACAGCGGAUUGUCGUCCUUGCCCGGAAAGGCAGGCGAAAGGGAGUGGCUUUACCACUUGGAAAGCCCCACGGGCGAAGAAUGCUGAUUGCGGAAUAACGGGCACAAGGAAAAAAAGGACUGACGGAUUUGGCAAAAAGGACACUCAACGAAUGCGAAAGAUAAACGAGCUAAUGCACCACCAUUGAAUACUGCGUGACGUCUGGCACUGGUCGUGGGGGAGAAAGCUACUUAAAGUAGCCGCACGGUGUACGGUGAAGCAGCCGAAAGAGAUCAUUCAUAAUCCCCCUAAAACCGCAUAGUUCUUCAAAAUGACGCUCAUCAUAUCUUGGAUCUUUAUUCUUGGACUAAUCGUUCCGGAUCUAUCAUCUAGUCUUCUGCAUUGCCCACACCGCUGUCACUGUGAUGAUGAAAAAUUGGACGUAAAUUGUGAAGAGGGCCAUCUAGAUGUGUUGCCGAUUGCGCUCAAUCCGUCCAUCCAGCGUUUGGUGAUAAAGAACAACAAGAUCCGCAUAAUCGAUUCAUCGAUACAAUUCUACUCAGAGCUAACGUUGCUUGAUCUUAGCUUCAAUUAUUUGUUCAAUAUUCCGGAUCGCACGUUUGGACAUCAGCGCAAGUUACAGCAGUUGCAUCUGAACCACAACAAGAUCAGCACUAUCUCUAACCGCACGUUUGUGGGAUUGGGUGAGUUGUUGGUAUUGAAUCUGCGCGGUAAUCUGAUCGAUCAGAUCGAUGCACUUACGUUCACACCGUUGGCAAAGUUGGAAGAGUUAAACCUUGGCCAGAACCGGAUCGCUAGCGUUGGAUUGUCUGUGAGCUCGUUUGUGGGUAUUGGGGAUUUGAAGAUUCUCCUGCUGGAUGAUAAUUUGCUGAGUGUGAUACCAUCGGCAGAUACAUUCAAGCCCGUAGAUAAGCUGGCCGAGUUGUACAUUGGUACUAAUUCGUUGAUCACCGUUGAAGAUGGUGCGUUCAAGGUACUAUCGGAGCUGACACUAUUGGAUCUGCGGAGUAGCUUGCUACCAAAUGUAUCGGAAGGUACUUUCGAAGGGAUUGAAAAUCUAAAAUCACUCAAUCUGGCCGAUAAUCGAUUCGUGCAUGUACCAUCAUCCGCACUCGCGGUACUUCGGCGUCUAGAGGAGCUAGCGAUCGGACAGAACCACUUCGAAGCAGUUCCGGCUCAUGCAUUCCGUGGGCUUCCCAACCUAAAACGUUUCGAGUUGAAAGGAUCCCUAUACUUGCGGCGCAUCGAACGAGCAGCGUUCCAGACAAACACCAACCUGGAAUCGAUAGUGAUUGAAUCGAACAAAGCACUGACCGUGUUGGAGGAGUCAACAUUUGCUGGAUUGCUCUAUCUGAAACAUUUAAGUCUCCGUAAUAAUGGACUAGAGCGACUGGACGAAGGUAUGCUGUCGUGGAACAGUCUUCGUACAGUCGACAUUUCCGAUAAUCCAAUCAACUGCGAUUGCUACUACUCGAAACUACUGCAGCGACUGCAAUCGGCGGCCCGCGUCAGCUACAAUGCAACCGGCUGUCCUCACCAUCUGCCGGAUCAGUGGGAGUGCGAGUAUAUGCUUGAAAAGAACAAGAAUCUAAUCUCGGUUGUGGUACCGCUGGUGGCGAUCGUCACUGCAAUUGCGCUGGCUUUCUACCGCUUCCGGGGACUGUUGCGGGAGUACGUGAAGAAUGGUUGCAAGAGCAAGGCAGCAGCAAGUACAACUCCGGCCGGUCCGGCAGGUUUACCUGUUCUUCCUCCGAUAGGGCGUUCGGAGCUGUCAACGGUGGUGGACUACGAGAAAACACUCACCGAUGAUGACUAUGUCAUCCGAUCAAGUAACCUCUAUCAUGGUGGCGUUGGACAGCCGAUUCUUAAUGGAUAUUCAUUGUAUCUGCAGCAGAACCCUAGCGUUUACUACAACAAGCCACUACCGAUUACGGAAUUAUAGUAUUGAAGGUUGGAGGAAUGCGACGCUAGCGUGUAAGUUGGUUCUCGCUACCUGUAUCACUCUCUCCUCUCUCUCCUAUUGGAAGGAAAUUCAACUUUCAUUUUAAAAGUUAUUGCAUUUAUGAAUAAUUUAUUUAAGAACAUACCAUCUUUCGUAAAGUGGAUUAAGAAUAACUGUAAAACCAUUAAACGUCGAUAAGCGUUACAUACGAAAACAUUCCAAAUGAUCAUUCCCUUCGAUCUAUCGAUAGUCUUUAAGUUGAUUGUGAUGUUUUGUGCUGGAAAAUCAUGUACAGUUUUGCUGUAUAAUAUGGCUUGAAGUCCACUUUCUAGGUGGAUGUAUAUUUCUUAAAAAAAAAAAACAAAUCAGAUGUAUGAUAUUACGUACAGUGUGUUGUGUUAUGGUGACGUGUACUCUAAUUUUAAAGAUGAUCAAUUUUUCCAACGCAAAGGUCUUGCCUUGACUGCAUAUGAUGAGAGGGCCAUCAGUACUUUGAGACUAAUUAGAUGAAUGUUAGUAUUGAAGAGGUACUAGAAUAAGCAAUACUUUCCUAUCACUAAGCUCUCUGCGGAUAAUGGACAGUGGUUCCACGUAGUGUAUACUUACCUUCACGAAAUGGAAGACUACCAUUCUUCCCCUCUUACAAACAUGAAAAACAACAGCAAUAAUAAAGAUGAAAAAUAUGAAAAAAGAUAAACUAUAAUAGCUCUACGAAUCUAGCAAUGAGUGUUAAACGAAAUGCAACGUCCCUUAUUACUACUGCACUAUCAUUAACGCCUCCUUCAGUACUUAAUAUUCCUAGCGUCGACUCAAACAAAAACAUAAACCACAUACAACAUUAGAAUAAAAAAAAAACAAUAUCAACGAAUCAUGCAAACUUUCCAACUAUAGGGCACUGUUUUUCUCUCUAAGCUCCGAAUUUCAAUUUAAUCAAAGUUAAUUGCUUUUUGCCUGCAAAAGGCACACGCAGAAAGAGGGAAAACAAUUGAAAUCCUCCACACGGAGGGUACGGAUGUAGUUUUAUUUUCCCUUCUUAACUCGUAUCGCUUUCACUCACCAGUGCUGGCAGAAACAGUGACGAUGCACGGUAAAUACGUCCGAUACGAUGUGCGCACCCGUUUCUGGCACGGUCAGGCUACCUUUUUACGCGGUAAUUGUAAUUAUAAUGUGUUGAAGUGUAACGAGAGCAGCGUAGAACAAAAAAAGAAAUAAUAAUCAAAAGGUAAAAGCACUGCAAACACGUCUCGUCGCAGAGCGUUAUGUAGAUAAAGUGGUAGAAUUUAAUCCCUUUCGCGCUAAUCCAAAGACGCACGCCAACCAUUCCAGCACGGGGAAUGUGUGGAGGCGUAAAAAACUGUUCCUCCCCUUGCUGAUGGGAUGGAAAUUGAAAGGAUGAAGCCAGAGAGCAGCAACUAACCACAAUGCUUUGCCAUAUUUUUUUUCUCCUGCCACAACCCACAGCAAGGGAACUAGGAAUGUGGAAAAGUUCCACAUUUGCCAUGAUUAUCCGUUUGUUCCUUUUGUUUUUUCGUUUAGUUUUUCUCCGGGUAUGUAUUGGCUCGUGUAGCUUUCGGUAUGUGUUUUGUUCGUAACAGACGUUCCUGUGUUUUAACUGCUCCAGAAUGGAGGGAGAAAUGGCUUACCUUUUUGCUGGCCAGGUCCUGUUCUGUGGGAGAUUUUUUUUAUUUGGGGCGAAACUUUUGCAAACCGUGCGGUUACGGAUGCGUGUCGGGUUGGUGCCUUGGUACAGGUGGUCGGUUUUGGUCUGCACAAAUUCCAGCUAGGCGGGAAG